AUGAAUGGCAAAGUAGAUUUUCUGAGAUCGUGGGACGAAUAUAAAAAUGGCUUCGGUGACUUUUCUGGUGACUUUUGGGUUGGUAACAACAUCAUACAUCUGUUAACCGUCCAGGGCUACAGAGUGCUACGAUUUGACUUAAAGUUUAGGGGUACAAGCUACUUUGCCGAAUAUAGAAACUUUUACGUCAAAAGCGAGGACUACAAAUACAAGGUUAACUUCUCGGGCUACAGAGGAACUGCACCGGAUCAUUUUUACCAACACGAGAACCAGUGGUUCUCCACCAUAGAUAGAGACAACGAUAACUCCUACAACGAUUGUGCCAAUAAGCGGAAGUCAGGCUGGUGGUAUAACGAUUGCCAGUGGGUCAAUGUUAAUGGUUUAUGGAGAAGUCAAGGUGUUCGUCUAUAA